UCGGGUGCAUAUCAGGUUACAGAUGAACUAGCAAAAUCUCUCGGCUAUGAAAACCUCGAUGAGCUUCGUACGGCAUUCAAUGAAUAUAAAAAUAGUCACUUUGAAUCACAAAAAAUCUCUCAAGUUGGUCUCCAAACUUGGAUGACAAUGCUUAUGCUUUAUUUCUAUCGUUACGUUGCCAUUGAUCAAAGAAGUGAAUGGUUCCCAACAUACGAAAAGUCUUAUAGAUGGAUAUGGGCGCAAUUAAAGGGAAAUGAAUCUCUUGAGCAAGAGUGCUUUCAAAUUAUCAAAUCAUUUAUCAGAGAAUACCAUGGUGUAAAUGAUGAUGUUUUAGAAAUAGAUCGUGUCUUUGAAGAGGAAAUUGCUGAAAUGAUGGCUUCUUUAAAAAAUCCACAGAAAGACCGAAAAAUUGGUAUCGUACGUAUCGAAAUUAUUUGCGCAAAAAACCUUAAGCCAACCGAUUCAUUUUUUGCUGGUGAUGCUACCGAUCCAUACGUUAGGAUAUCUAACAUUGCCACAAGUUGGGUUUACGGCGAUUCACGUGUUAUCUACAACAACCUCAAUCCUGUUUGGGAACAAGUAUUUUAUAUUCCAAUUUAUGAUGUCCACGAACAAUUCAAUUUACAAGUUUUCAACUAUAAUACUUUCUUUGAAAAUACACUUUUGGGAUCCUAUACUUUUGACCUCAAAUCUAUAAUUAAAGAGCUUCCUAAUGGUUCUUAUGAAGGAAAGCAAUUAAAUCUUGAUGCUAAUCUCACUUAUAAAGGUGUCAACAGAGGCCAAUUGUCAUUUGUCGCUGACUUUUUUACACUCCCUGAAUCUGAUGGUUCAGAA